AUGGCCUUUGUAGUCAGCGCCGUCAAGAGAGAGGACUUCAAGUCCUGCGCCCAGAGCGGAUUCUGUACUAGGAACCGAGCAUACGCGGAUCUGGCCAACGAGACCCCAGACUGGGAGUCUCCAUUUCGCCUCGACCCAGCUUCUCUUCAGCUGGAGGAUGGCAUCUUGACCGGGGAUCUGAUACACGCCCCCACGACGUCCUCAAGUUCGGCAGAAUCAGAUGGCGCGCUCAAUGCUGGAUAUACCCUCGAGGUCCACCUCCUUGAAAAUGAUGCAGUUCGAGUGCGGAUGAGUGAGCGAGACCCGAAGCGACAUCGCUAUGAUGGACUGCAACAGACUGUCCUUGUCAAGCCAUUGAUUUCCAGCACUCAGUACGAUCAAUUGGCCCGGGACGAGAAUGGGCUUUUCACCAUCACUUAUGGGUCUCAGCGACAGAACUCGGCCCGUAUCCAUUUCGCACCAUUCCAGAUUGAGUUCCUAGUCGAUGGCAUCUCAACUUUGGUGCUAAACGAAGGCGGGCUGUUGAAGAUUGAGGCCGCCCAAGCUCGAAGUGAUGUGACUGACACUCGGACAAGGACCCCACUCGAGAGCCGUCUGGAGCAAGGAAUGUGGUCAGAGCGCUUCAAGGACACCCUCGACACGAAACCGAGAGGACCCGAGUCGUUUGGUCUUGAUAUCACUUUUCCCGAGAUCGAAGACGUCUAUGGAAUCCCCGAGCAUGCUUCAAGUCUCUCCCUCAAGACCACUAGAGGCCCAGGAGCGCAAUACACCGAACCCUAUCGGCUUUACAAUCUUGACGUCUUUGAGUACGAGAUCGACAGCCCAAUGGCCCUCUACGGAUCAAUCCCUUUCAUGCUUGGACACAGCAAGGACAAGACUGCAGGAGUUUUCUGGAUGAAUGCCGCAGAGACAUGGAUCGACAUUGAAAAGAUUAAAAGUACAUCUGGAUCAAAUCGCAGGACAACGCGUACGCAUUGGUACAGUGAGGCCGGUGUUCUUGACCUGUUUGUCUUCCUAGGCCCAACCCAUCGCGAUAUUUUCAAACAGUACUCUUCUCUUGUGGGAACGACUGCUCUGCCACAGUCGUUCGCCAUUGGAUACCAUCAAUGUCGGUGGAACUACAUCUCCCAAAAAGAUGUGACCGAAGUAGAUGCAGGGUUUGAGACGUAUGAGAUCCCGUAUGACGUCCUCUGGCUCGACAUUGAACACACCAACGGGAAGAGAUAUUUUACAUGGGAUCCCAAGCAGUUUCCUGACCCAAUCGACAUGCAGCUGCACCUUGCCAGUAAAGGACGCAAGAUGGUCACUAUCAUCGAUCCACAUAUCAAGAUGGAUAAAGGGUACCAUAUAUCUAAAGAGGCCACGGACAAGAGUUUGUUCGUCUUGAACAAACACCACUCCCCGUUUGAUGGCUGGUGCUGGCCAGGCAGUUCCCAGUGGAUUGACUUCGAGAACCCUCGGGCAAAGGACUGGUGGGCGUCUCAGUUCUCGUACGAUCGGUACAUAGGAUCGACCAACACCCUGUUCACUUGGAACGACAUGAACGAGCCUUCCGUCUUCACAGGACCUGAGAUUACGCUCCCCAAGGAUGCCAUGCACUACAAUCGCGUCGAGCAUAGGAGUAUCCAUAACAUCUAUGGAGCCAUGUUUCAUGCUGCCACUGCUCAAGGUCUUACCACGCGUAACGAAACCCUGCAGAGGCCGUUUGUCCUGUCCAGGGCAUUCUUUGCUGGGAGCCAGCGGUACGGUUCCAUCUGGACCGGAGAUAACAAGGCCUCCUGGGAGCACUUUGCGGUGGCCACACCCAUGCUUCUUACGAUUGGGCUUGCCGGCCUUCCAUUCUCUGGCGCAGAUGUUGGCGGGUUCUUUGGCGACCCAGAGCCGGAGCUCCUGACGCGCUGGUACCAGGCUGGGGCCUUCUAUCCGUUCUUUAGAGCUCAUGCUCACUUGGACAGCAAGCGACGUGAGCCAUGGCUCUUUGGAGAGCCCUACACGUCCCAGAUCAGAGCGGCUAUCAGGACACGAUACUCUCUACUUCCAUUGUGGCCAAUGUUCUUUGAGUUCCCAAGCGACGAGUCAACGUACCGCAUGGAGGAUCAGUUCAUGGUGGGCGAUGCCCUGCUCGUCAAGCCUGUCACCACGGCCGGUGCCACCCAUUCUGAGGUUUACUUUGCCGGCAACGAAAAAUGGUUUGACUUUUAUGAUGGCCAGGUGAGGCAUGGUCCCGGUGUGCAGUCGGUGCCGUCUCCAGCUUACAAGAUACCGGUCUACCAACGUGCAGGAACAAUUAUCCCGAAACGCGAGAAGCCACGCCGGUCAUCCAAGGAGAUGGAGAAUGAUCCCUUCACGAUAGUGAUUGCGGUGAAUAGCGAGGGCGAGGCAUCUGGACGGCUGUAUCUGGAUGAUGGCGAGUCGUUUGAAUAUACCCGAGGCGAUUAUAUCCUGCGAGAGUUCAAGGUUCAGGGAAGGGUACUAACAUCACGGUCCCUGAAUCGCCAGGAGUCCGAGGUCGAGUGGAGUUUUAUCCGGCGGUUCUCGUCGCUCAAGGUCGAGCGGAUUGUGUUCCUGGGAUUGAGCGGGCCUGUCUCGCGUGUGGUCAUUGACGGCCGCCCCGCCGCUUUUGAGACCCGACAUGAUGUCGCAGGAGGGCACUAUGUUGCCGUUGUUAGUAACACCAACCUGUCGAUUGGUCAAGACUGGUCUGUUACCCUGUCACCCCGCACCAACAACAGCACCAGCGACAGCGAACUCCAUUUCCUCACUGCCCACCAACACUCUGACCCCGCGAUCGCCUCCAGUCAGCUCAUGGACUACAUCAAGAUUGCCAAGGUGCAUGCGGUCCAGCUCGAGAAGGGACAGUCGACGUACAUCGGAACGUUGCAUCUGACAGCCCACCACCUGAUCUUUGCCCAUCCAGACCAAGAGAUUUGGAUUUCAUAUCCGACUAUCCACACCGUCGAAAAGGGUCUUCCCACAGUGCACAACGUAUGGCCACUUCAUAUCCGGUGCCAUAACUUUGUCUUUGUCGCUCUCAAUUUCCAGUCCGAGAAGGAUGUCACCGAUGUCUACGAGAGUAUCCAAAAGCUAACAUGCAUCGGUUCGGUCGAACAACUUUACGCCUUCUUCUAUACGCCAUCGCCGGCAUUCAAAACGACGGAUGGUUGGCAAAUCUAUGACCCCCUGCUCGAGUACGAGCGCAUGGGUGUUAUGUCCAAGAGUGACCAAUGGCGAGUUUCUGAGCUGAACAGGACGUAUACUUUCUCGCCGACGUAUCCUCAAUUGAUCGUGGUACCGUCUAAAAUCAGUGACACCGUGCUGCAAUAUGCCGCCAAGCACAGGAGCAAAGCGAGAAUCCCAGCAUUGAGUUAUCUGCACUGGAACAACAUGGCCUCCAUUACAAGAUCCAGUCAGCCCAUGGUCGGCCUUAAACAGAACCGAUCCAUUCAGGAUGAAAAGCUGAUUGAGGCCAUUUUCAUGACUAAUGUUCCUCAGUCGUCCUCAGGGAUCCCAGUGUACGGAAGCACGGCAACUAAUCUUAUUAUCGACGCGAGACCCACGGCGAACGCAAUGGCGAACACGGCUGUUGGAGCAGGAACAGAGAACAUGGAGAAUUACAGGAACUGCAAGAAGGUCUACUCUGGAAUCGACAACAUCCACGUUAUGCGCGAAAGUUUGAACAAGUUAGUAGAAGCGCUCCAAGAGAUUGACACCAAAGGAUCAGUCAACAAGCCUCUGUUGCAAAAGUCAGGAUGGUUGAAACACAUCGGAGCUGUCAUGGAUGGAGCCGUCAUGAUUGUGCGCAACAUCCACGUAUCUAGCUCUCACGUCUUGGUUCACUGCUCUGACGGAUGGGACCGCACCGCUCAGUUGACUUCUGUUGCCCAGAUCUGCCUCGACCCCUACUACAGAACGCUGCGAGGUUUCCAAGUCCUGGUUGAGAAGGAAUGGUGUUCAUUUGGAUACAAGUUCAUGGAUAGAUGCGGCCACCUCUCGAACGACAAGAACUUUGUGGCGCUCUCGGCAACCAAUUCAGCAGCCAACACCUUUGCCAAUGUCCAGAACAAGUUUAUCAACAACAAGCACAUCCGCGAGACAAGUCCUAUCUUCCACCAGUUCCUGGACUGUGUCUUCCAAACCAUGCAGCAGAAUCCCAAGCGGUUCGAGUUCAACGAGUACUUUUUGAUGCAGCUCCAUUACCACGUCUACUCCUGCCAGUUUGGCAACUUUUUGUUCAAUUGCCAAAAGGACCGCCGAGAGUACAACGCGACCACUAAGUGCGCCUCAGUAUGGGAUUUUAUCAACUCGAGCAAGGAGGAGUAUCUGAGCAAGGAUUACGACCAGAGUCUCGACAAGGCUCGUGGAGGCGACGAAGGCGUUUUGUUCCCCGACACAAAAGCCAUCAAGUACUGGUCCAAGCUGUUCGGGAGAACGGACGAGGAGCUCAACAGUCCUGACGACAACGCCAGCACCCCUUUGAACGAACGGAUGACACCAGAACUGCUUGGUUUCGGAAAUAACUAUGCCGAGUCCGUAGCCUCGGCGGAGGUUGAUCAUUCCGGUGACGAGCGUGUGGAGUCGGACCCAUUGGGCAUUGGAUCGAGCACGUUAGCAGCUCCGCCACUUUCGAGUGCUAAGGCCAACAACCUGGUUCGGGCCGGGACUCCAACCGGUGGCACACAGGUGUCCGAGGGAGAUGAGACUUGGCAGAAGAGCGCCGACAAUCUUGCGUCCAAGUUCCCAGCAGCACUCUCGGGAGCCUUUGGCGGUGGAUUUGUUGAUUCCUUCAACCGCCUCACGAUGAACGUUCGGGAUACCUGGUAUGCGUCCAGCACGCCUUCAGGACCCAACAGUCAGUACGGAGAAGACUCUCCUUUUGCAGACAUGCGAACAGCAGGAGCAGCAGGAUCACAAAACCGUGCGGCAACAAUUGGGCGGAGCAACAGUAACCGACGUCGAGUAACGGGGGAUCGGGAGAUGAGGUCGAUAUCGGGGGCUCCGGCGCCUGCUAGUACACAGAGCCAGAACAACUCUCUCAGUCCGAAGCACAGUUUGGCCGACUUGACAUUGGACCAUGAGAUUGAUCCUUUGAGAAGCAGCGGAGGAGGAGUCUUCAAGGGGUCGCCAAAUGGAUCAACUCACUCUUCAUCAAAGCCUGCUACGAAUUCUCGCCAACAGCAAGCCGCUGCCAACACGUCUCCCAAGGAGUCUGUCGGACGAUUGACACCUCGUGUCGCUUCGCCCGACCUCAGCAUGACACUGCCUUCUAAUGGUGCGGUUGAGCCUUGUGGAGUAACAGUGAUCGAGAGCCCAGUCAGCCCCGUCCUUGAACAACCCAAGGAGCCCGUAAAGGAGCUCCCUCAUCCCCUCUUUGUAGAAUAG